GGAGGGCGCUAAAGAGUGACAGAUUUUAUACAAAACGAAUGUUGCGUCUUGUUGUCAAUGGACAAACAAAUGACAACGUUCAUCAGCUGUCACAGCGCUGAUGAAAUCAAUCGGACUACACAAUAGAAACUAAACUUUGACAGUGCAUGACCUCAGUGCCAGCUGAUAUGCCAUUACGGUUCUACAGAAUCAGCGUCGAGUUGUUUUGCUACAGACCAGUAGCUAGCCUAGUCGUCCCAGCUAGCCUACGCUAGUGUAAGCUAGUGUAGUGGUGUAAGCUGUGUGAGCUGGAUAGCUAGCUAGCUAACAAUUGCUAGCUGGCUCAUUUGAUAGCUGUCUGGUGAUGUUGAAAGACGUGAUCAGAGGUGUCAAGUUGCCGUGGUGUAAUGAUCUGAAAUACGUUUACGGUUUGUUUUAGGUUACAGUAUGUUCGGGAAAUCCAAACACCUCCGGCUACUAGCUAGCUAAAAAAGCAAACAAUUGCUGUCAGUUACUGGUUUGGUAGCUACUUUAUUAUUGUUGAACGUUCAACACUGUAAGUAUAUAUUGCAGGUCACAGUUUAGGCUGGUCGUGAAGCCCAGCAAGACCUGUUUCAGGGAGAUGGUUUUGAGAAGUUGUUGGAAAUCUCGACACAAGUCAGGUUUUGGCCCCGUCUCCGUAUGGAUGCGAACAGGGUGUGUUGCCUUGUUGUGGGUAUGCGUUUUCCACUUGGGAUGCUUGGGAUUAGUCGGUGGAACAAAAACAGUUGUGCAAAAAGAAGCAGAGUUUGAUGUGACAUAUAAUGACACGGUUACGAGUGACGACCUAACUAUCUACGCCUUCAAUCACACCAUCUCCCGGAAUAAGACUGAGGGGAUACGUGUGACGGUUGACGGGCUCUCCGAAGGUCUGGAAAGCCCUAUCUUGUUUGUGGUGAGGCAGAAGCAGGCUGUGCUGUCCUUCCAGGUGCCCCUUAUUCUGAGAGGACUGUACCAGAGGAAGUACCCUUAUGCCCACGUGGGCCGGACGCUGUGCCAGCCCCCCACGCUGGCGGCUGCGGAGACCCAGUUCUUCUUUGUGGACGUGUCGACCCUGUCCAGCCUGGGGACGCACUACCAGCUGAGGAUCAGCCGGGUGGACAGCUUCACCCUGCAGACAAACAAGAAGUUCAGCUUCACUGCCUCCCCAUCUCAACCUCAGUACUUCAAGUAUGUGUUUCCUGACGGUGUGGACACUGUUAUCGUGAAGGUCAGCUCUGAGAUGACCUUUCCCUGCUCCGUAAUGUCUAUCCAGGACAUCCAGUGCCCUGUGUAUGAUCUGGACAACAAUGUGGCCUUCAUAGGGAUGUAUCAGACCAUGACCAAAACUGCUGCCAUUACUGUCCAGAGGAAGGACUUCCCCAGCAACAGUUUCUACGUGGUGGUUGUGGUGAAGACGGAGGACGAGGCAUGCGGAGGGCCGCUCAGGUUCUACCCCCUGCAGCCCGACAAGUUCAUCAAUGCGGGGAAUCGCACCAAGUCCAUAGAUGUGGUGGUCUCGCCAGCCAUCGAAUCGGAGGUGUAUGUGAUGGGGAUGCUGUUCUGUCUGGGCAUCUUCCUGUCCUUCUACGUGAUCACCUUCCUGGUGGCCUGUGUGGAGAACAAGAGAAUGAACAAGAGGAGGGAGCUUCUGCUGAAUCCCGGGGACAUGUCGCCGGCGGAAACAGCCUCUUUACUGGGAAAAGCUCCAGCCUCCCCCUAUGAAUAUGGCUCAUUUGCUGACAACGGCAGCACACUGAGUUCAGAGGCUGUCACAGACAGCAUUGCUUCAGCCGACGUCAACUACGGCUACUUGGAUCGCUCCCUGGAGAGCGUGGGGCGGGUUCGCCAGGAGUCCCUGAGCUCCGUGGAGGAAGAUGACUACGACACGCUGGCCGACAUCGACUCCGACAAGAACAUCGUCCGCACCAAGAAGUACCUGUGCGUGUCCGACCUGGCCCGCAAGGACAAGAGAGUCCUCAGUAAGAAGUACCAGAUCUAUUUCUGGAACAUUGCCACCAUUGGUGUGUUUUAUGCGCUCCCUGUCGUUCAGCUGGUCAUCACUUAUCAAACGGUUGUCAACGUGACAGGAAAUCAAGACAUCUGCUACUACAACUUCCUGUGUGCUCAUCCUCUGGGGGCUCUGAGUUCCUUCAACAACAUCCUUAGUAACCUUGGUUACGUGAUGCUGGGCCUCCUCUUCCUGCUCAUUGUGUUGAAGAGAGACAUCGUGCACCAGCGAGCACUCUUACGCAACGAACUCAACGCGCAUGAGUGUGGCAUCCCCAAGCACUUUGGGCUGUUCUAUGCCAUGGGCACGGCUCUGAUGAUGGAGGGUUUGCUGAGCGCCUGCUAUCACGUCUGCCCCAACUACACCAACUUCCAGUUUGACACCUCCUUCAUGUACAUGAUUGCGGGCCUAUGCAUGCUGAAGCUGUACCAGAAGAGACACCCCGAUAUCAACGCCAGCGCCUACACAGCAUACGCCUGCCUUGCUGCUGUCAUCUUCUUCUCUGUGCUGGGAGUGGUGUUUGGGAAGGGCAACAUGGUGUUCUGGAUCGUCUUCUCUGUCAUCCACAUCCUGGCCACUAUGCUGCUCAGCACACAGCUCUACUACAUGGGCCGCUGGAGGCUGGACUCGGGGGUCCUGCGCAGGAUAGUGUAUGUCAUCUACACUGACUGUAUCAGACAGUGCAGCGGACCCAUGUACAUCGACCGUAUGGUGCUGCUCGUAAUGGGGAACAUUGUGAACUGGUCUCUUGCUGCGUAUGGACUGCUAGAGAGGCCCAAUGACUUUGCCUCUUAUCUUCUGGCCAUCGGCAUCUGUAACCUGCUCCUGUACUUUGCCUUCUACAUCAUCAUGAAGCUGCGGAGCGGUGAGAGGAUCAAGUGUCUGGCGCUGGUGUGUGUUCUUUUCACGGCAGUCGUCUGGGGCUUCGCUCUCUUCUUCUUCUUCCAGGGACUCAGCACCUGGCAGAAAACUCCCGCCGAGUCUCGAGAGCACAACAGGGAGUGCAUCCUGCUCUCCUUCUUCGACGACCACGACAUCUGGCACUUCCUGUCCUCCAUCGCCAUGUUCGGCUCCUUCCUGGUUCUCCUAACCAUGGAUGACGACCUGGACUCAGUCCAGAGGGACAAGAUCUUUGUCUUCUGAGAGAGAAGUGCCAGAUUCCGCCUUAACGUCUCGACACUGGCCAAUGGGGACCCAGCGGUGCACUGAGACAUCCAGUACCUCCCUCCCCCCCUGACUGCAAUUGGCCGCUUCCCCCCUCAGCCUCUCCCACAGCCAAUCAGAGGCCGGGGGAAAGGACGGCGCUCCCUCCUCCCAAGCUGGAGCCUGUGUGUGUGUGGACACUUUGUGUGCCAAUCAUGCGAGCUUGACUCUGUCGCUGCCAUUGAUUUUCCUGUCGUGCUCCCGUCCACUUUGUCGAUGAGCUCUAUAAACGGUUUCCGGUUAACUUAUUUUAUACUGUCGCGAUUUCCCUGCAGCUUCAUCGGUGCAUUUUGAACUCGCUGUGUGUAAGCUCUCUUUUUAUGCUGCGUGUUUGUCAUCCGGGCGCGCCUGUGUGUAAGAAGUAUUUGUGUCCAGUCUUGUCAGUGGCCUUUGGUGUUCUGAUCACAUCUUUCUACAGUCCACGCGUGUUACACUCUGGAUUCCUGGGAUGAAGACGAGUACCACGAUUGUAUAUUAGUUCAAAUGUAAACGUCCAAAUAUGGAGGUGGGGAAACGUGUUUGCACUCUACAAUGUGAAAGAAAUGAUCUUAGUCCAGAGCAAUGUAAAGAAAUGGUUACCGAAUAAAGGUUUUGUCUAAAAUAAA